AUGGUUUCGUCGACGGCGGCAACAACUGUGGAGCAGCGACAACCACCGCAGCAGUUAUACCAACGACGUCAGGUGUGCUUGCCCAACGUGUACAAAACCAUCUCGCCAUGUACUUUGAAUGACACGCCAAGGUGUGUAGGGGCAGAACCUCACACCGGAAGCUUGCACUGUGCCCUAUCCUGGGGAAGGGGCCCGCAGACGUCUGGACUCGUGCACUCACCAUCUUCUUACCCACAGCAUGCGAGACUGUGUCACACAGAGGUGUCCCUUGCCCUGAAUAAACUUUUCUUGGUGCACUCAACUCCAAACCCCUUUCAGAGUUCUGCACUUCAUAUGGCGCCGAGACUAUGGGAACAGCCCCGCUUCGCAUCACCCCCAUUGAGACAUUUUUGUCACACAAUCGGCACGAAGGUGAGCUGUGGCAAUCGUGCCGCGGAUCGUGCUUAUCAACUAGCGCGGACAAUGAAAUGCUGGGCAUCGCUGACGCAUACGCACUCUCUCGGCGAGGACCUUGCUGACUGGAAGAUCUCCAGACGUUGCAGUGACAUUGGCGCACUGGUGGAGUUUUUGGUCUUGUUGCACGUUCGAGAGGCGGAGAACAGGAAAAGCCUCGAGCAGGAGGCGGCGUCACUGCUUUAUCGUUUUGAGCAGCAGGAACGUCAGGAAAGGCCGACGGCUUCUCUCAACAGUCUGGAGUUUCCUGUUCCACAGCUGAAGUCGUCAAGUAUCUUUGACGCUUCGGAGGUCAACGAAACCCCAAAGUAUACCAUCAUAGGGAGGGAAACUUCCACGCGGGUGGCGGGAUACUUAUUACCGAGGCAGAGGGAGGAUAAUAGCCGAUGGGAAAACAGAGACAUGACUGUGGAUCAUCAUUGUAUGCUUUCAGACGAGGAGAGGGCCGCGCGUAGCCUUAUCACAAUUGUGGAAGAGGGUUGUCGACGGCGUUUUGUACUCGCUGCAAAGGAUGGACUGCAUGGCGCCUUGCCGAAGGCUUCUUCCCCCGUCAGAAGUAAUUUUUGGAAUGAUGAACAUCGAAGAACUGGCCGGGAAAAGCUAAAGUUGGAUGAAACUGUGACGAACAAAAUGUGGCAGAAUAACAAAACCCCCCCGCAAAAAAUGGGGUUAUUGCAAAGCCCAAAUGCUUACUGUGAGUCGCUAGAGGAGAGUGUCCGGGGUGGGGCUCUCAGCACAAUUUCAUCGGAUGCUUUUCUUUCUGUCAGCACUGGUCGUUUCCUCUUUGAGAGACUUGAGGAAGAUGCUCUGGCUCCGGCGUACGGCACGGAUGAGGAAGAGGAAGUGGGCGACCGUAAAGGGAGGGCGUCGAUGUUAGGGCAGUGCCGGAACGCUGCAAGCGGCGAAUCAUUCAACCUUGUGACCUUUGAAGAGGUUGGGUCCGAUGAUCCGUUACAGUGGUUUGACGAGAGUGCGGUGAAGGCACUUUCAGAUGUCGAGAAUGAGCGACUGGAGAGGGCGCAAGCGGGCCUUUUUUAUGAGGAGCAGAAAGCGCGAGCUGAAGUCUUGCAACAGGAGGAAUACGGCAUGAUGCAGUUGGAGGAGCGCAAGACCUAUUUUUGGCUCUCGCAACAUGUAGUUGACGCCAUUGCAUUGCAGAUGGAGAAUGUCGUGCGUGAGGAGGAGUCAAGGAGAAUCUACAUUUGCGGCAAUUUCUUUUUAUGCCCUGAAGGUGGAACGGACUCCAGCGUUUUGUCCCCGAGUAAGUUGCCACCAUCGUUGCACCGCCGAUUUCGUUCGGGAGGUGAGCAGCGCGAACGCGACGCCAUACGCGGCGCCUUUUGUGACGGUAUUUGUACUGCAGCGGAGGCGGCGAUCGCAGCUCUUCUUGAGCAGGAGAGACAUGAGCGGGCAAGGUUGGAGCGGGAGGCGCAGCCAAAGUACACUUCUGUAUUUUGGGGAAUGGAGUUAAUGGGAGAGCGACAAGAAUUACUUCUUGAAGAGCAAAGCGAGCGAAACGGCAUUGAGUUUGCUGCGUCGGAGCACUGGAUGGACCUUCAACUACUUCGAAAUGUGCAGCAUACGUCUUUGCUUACUGGCACAGAAAACAUGACGUUGAGUGACACACAAAGCAGCUUCAGCAGCCGCGAUGCGGAGGGGAACGUUCAUCGUUGGUGUUCAUGGUGCAGCGAUGACGACGUUAACUUCAGUGCGUGUUCACUCUGUUUAUCUCAUUCGACGCUGUUUGAUCACAUUACCAGGUCGAAGGCUAUGCGGAGAUGCUUGUCUUUGAAGAGUGAGGGGAAUGGCAGUUCAGCAGGCCGAGUUCCACAAGGGGUUCAAGCAGCAACUGAGGUACUUGAACCAGUUUGUGUCGCCUGCACCUUAAGCACAUUAAGGGCAGAGGAGUGUGGGUGCCGCGAGGCGUUGCAUGCCGACUGGAACCGAGGGUAUGAAAACCUACUGGAACUUGAUGGCAUAGCAACGGAGGAAUUCACGCGUGCCAUGGUUCUUUCCAACACAGUAAGGAUGUUGCACGCCCCCGUCAUGCCAUUGUAG